UGUGCACCCAACUUUGACUUAUCAAUCGUUACUACACAGAUUAGUCACCGCCUUCUCAAAGAGAGAACAAAUAACAAGAUCACACUCUCGAAAAUCUCGCCGUCUGCUUUUUUGGGUAAAAAACUGCACUGUCUGUUCAUGAUGAUUCCGAAUGCCUCUUCUAUAUCAAGCUAUGGCGAUUUAAAUCUGUCUUUACGACAUCUUCUGUUAAAUCACCAUAAAGUGUUGGCUUCUCCAUUGUUCAGCCGGAAAUGCAGACGUCGAAAUUUCCGAGUUCACAGCCAGUCCCAGAAAAAAGAAAUGCAGAUCAGAAAGUUUUCUCCCGUUUUAGAAGGUGGCGUGCUAUCAGAAAAUGGGGUCUUACAUUCUACCGAGUGGAAGACAGUUCCUGACAUUUGGAGGACAUCUGCCGAAAAAUUUGGCGAUCGCAUAGCAUUAGUGGACCCGUACCAUGACCCUCCAACAAAUAUGACUUAUAAGCAGCUAGAGCAAGAGAUUUUGGAUUUCUGCGAAGGAUUAAGAGUCAUUGGAUUAGAACCAGAGGAAAAGCUUGCCCUAUUUGCUGAUAAUUCGUGCCGGUGGCUUGUUGCAGAUCAAGGUAUUAUGGCAACUGGAGCUAUCAAUGUUGUGAGAGGUAGUAGAUCAUCCGUCGAAGAGCUUUUUCAGAUAUACAGCCACUCUGAUAGUGUUGCAUUAGUAGUGGAUGGUCCUGAAAUGUACAAUCGGAUGUUUGAAACAUUCCACUCACAAGCUAGAGUAAGGUUUAUCAUUUUGCUAUGGGGAGAGAAAUCAAGCUUAAAAAGCGGAGAAGUAGAAACUCCCAUAUAUAGUUAUAAGGAGAUAAUAAAGUUGGGACAAGAAAGUCGUACAGCUUUACUUCAUUCUGGAGAUGCUAGGAGGCAGUAUACUUGUACAGCUAUCAGCUCUGAUGAUAUUGCGACUCUCUUGUAUACAAGUGGCACCACGGGUAAUCCUAAAGGCGUGAUGCUAACACACAAGAAUCUUCUACACCAGGUCUCAACCUUAUGGGACAUUGUGCCAGCUGUUCCUGGAGAUAGAUUUGUGAGCAUGCUUCCACCUUGGCAUGCAUAUGAACGGGCCUGUGAGUAUUUCAUAUUUACUCAUGGUGUUGAGCAAGUAUACACCACUGUCAAGAAUCUGAAGGACGAUUUGCGCCGUUUUCAGCCUAAAUAUGUUAUAUCCGUCCCUUUAGUAUAUGAGACGCUUUGCAGUGGGAUACAGAAACAGAUCAGUACGAGUUCUGCUUCUCGUAAAUUUGUUGCUCUUCUAUUUUUAAAGAUCAGUUUAGCAUACAUGGAGGCCAGGAGAAUUUAUGAGGGGAAGUGUCUUGAGAGGAAUCCCGAACAACCUACGCACCUUGCUGCAUUUUUUGAUUGGCUAUUGGCUAGGAUCAUUGGUACCAUAUUGUGGCCGUUGCAUGCAUUGGCAAAUAAAAUUGUCUAUAGUAAAAUUCAUUCUGCUAUUGGCAUAUCAAAGGCUGGCAUUAGUGGAGGGGGCAGCUUGGCUCCACAUGUCGACAGGUUCUUUGAGGCGAUUGACAUAAAGCUCCUAAAUGGAUAUGGUUUGACAGAAACGUCUCCUGUGGUUGCCGCUCGACAUAUGAACUAUAAUGUUCUUGGUUCAAUUGGACGGCCUAUUCGAGACACGGAAAUAAAAGUUGUUGAUGCUGAAACAGAUGAGGUUCUUCCUCAUGGAUCGAAAGGCAUUGUGAAAGUAAGGGGCCCACAAGUGAUGAAAGGUUAUUACAAGAAUCCAUUGGCGACUAAACAAGCAAUAGAUGAGGAUGGUUGGCUAAAUACUGGUGAUAUUGGUUGGAUUUGUCCUCAUCAUUCUAGAGGACGGAGUCGUCAUGCUGGAGGAGUAAUUGUUCUAGAAGGACGUGCAAAAGAUACAAUAGUCCUUUCGACUGGUAAACUAAGCUUCGAUGUUGAAAUAACUUGUUACAUCCAACUUCAUAAGCUAACUGAUCAACGGCGUCUCGGAGCUAUAAUAGUCCCAGACAAAGAAGAGAUUCUCGUGGAGGCUAAAAGGUUGUCUCUAAUGGAAUCUGAUGCCUCGGAGCUUAGUAAGCAGAAACAGAUUAAUCUGUUGCAUGAGGAGUUGAGAAAAUGGACCAAGGAUUGUUCGUUUCAAGUCGGGCCCAUCCUUGUGAUUGAUGAACCUUUCACGAUUGAUAGUGGUUUAAUGACUCCAACCAUGAAAAUCCGAAGAGAUCGGGUUGUAUCCUUACAUCGAUUCUCUCGAGAGUUCACAAACCGUAUUAAUGACGAGGAAGGUUUUUUUAGUGAUGCUACUAAUACUUGUGCGGGCUUGCCUGUUCUGCUCAAGCCUAUUCUGUUCAAGCUGGCUGAGGAAGACUUGUGA